AUCUCUAAGGACAACAAACGAAAAGAAAAGAGAGAAUAUCUACAAAAACAGUGAAUUUUUUCAUCUUGUAUCCCUAGCUUGAAUUCGGAAAGAUCAAAGAUGGCACCAAAGGGAAAGAAGGGAAAGAAGAAAUCUGCCAAGCUUUCUCGGAUGACCGAGGAGGAAAGAAUACUGUACUUGGAACAGCAACGGCUGGCAGAGGAAGAACUGAAAAAGAAGAAAGAGGACAUGUUGACCCAGUUCUUGAAAGAUAAACUUGGGAAGGAAGAGAGAGCCACAAAGUUCAAUCAGAAUAAACUCAAUCACCAAUGGCGUAACAUAAUGAGGGAAGCAAAAUCCAAGGAACUGAAGAAAGACAUUGAGAUCUUGAGUCAGACCUUUGAGAGAGUUGUCGAUCGUAAAGAGAGCGUCAUCAAAUCUUUGGCCAAGGAUCUGAUGGAGGCAGAAGAACAGUACAGCAUGGCCCUCCGUAGUCAUCUCCAAAAUGUAGACAAUUUGAUAGAUCUUCAGAAGCAAAGAUUGCAGACUUUACAAAAGGAGUACGAUGAAGAGUUGGAGGUUCUAAAGAAGGAGUUUGAUACAGAGCGUGCCAUGAUGAUCGAAAACCAUAAUACAGAAGUCAACGACCUACAAGACAUCAUGUUUGCUAUGGAGCAGAACUUCAAUGAAAGAGAGAGCGAGGCAAAGUCAGAGUUCCAGAGUCUCAGGGAUGAAAUUAAAAAUAAGAAUCUUGAAGAGAAGCAUGCAUUGCGGGUCCAGCUUGAAUCGGCCGUUGAGAACCUUUGGCAGCAGUUCCAGGCGGCCUUGAAGAACUAUAAUGAAACUACGGAGGAGAGGAAGAACGCAUUUGAGUCACUGAAAUCCAAAGAUGAGAAAAGUGCUGAAGAGAUUGAAACUCAAAUGCGUAAACUACAGAGAAUUUCAGAUGGCAUUGCACAGCUGAAGUCUAAGAUGUCUGCCAAUGCCAAGGAAUGCGAUGAAAGAAACAAACAACUCAAAGAUGAACGAGAAAUGAUGGUGCACCACUUCCAGGAACUUAAGGGUCAGAUGAACAAAUUACGUGACGCUGAGAGGCAGCGUCUCACAAAGUUAACCUUGGAGAGCAAUGGUGCCAUCAAAGAACUCCGACGUAUAUCAGACAAAGGUGAGCGUGGCCUCAAACUUGCUGAAAUGUGUCGUAAGUUGGAAACAGAAGAGGAGAAAGUGCUGCCUUUCUAUGCCACAUCACUUACACAGGAGGAACAAGAGGAUGUUAGUGCUGCUGUCAAAGAGCCUCCAUCAGAACCACUUGCUGCUGUGAUGGAUGAGUACAGCACCCUUGAGAACUUCUGGAAGAGAUACAAUAAAGUACUACUGGAUAAAGUGGCCCUCGAUAAGGAAAAGGGGAUGUUAUUAGGAGAAAAUCAACAGUUACGAACCCUUCUCAAACAAUAUUUGGAUGGUAUCUCUGUCAAUGAUGAAAUAUUGAGUCAGGUUAACCCUCUAUUCGUUGUCAAUCAGAAGACAAAUGUCAAGAUGAAUGUGCCUGUUGCCGACCCACGGGUACGCCGACCAACCCAGACGGUGGUGGAGGCAGCCCAUGUUGUCAAGAACACCCUGGGAAGUUCAACUUUCAUGUAACUUAAUUUGUUUUUCAUUGUAUUAAACAUAUUAGUAUCUGGAACAUCACACUUUUCAGGUAAAAGUUCAUUUGAAAAUAUUAGAUCAUGGGCCUAGCUGUCUUGAGGGAGGUCAUAAUUUCAAAAUACUCCACUGUAAAUUGGGUCAGUCACAUUUAUAAACUUUAAGUCAAGAUAGGCCCUGUGGUUUAUGCAGUUUGUUCACAAAUUAGCGAGUCAAAGAAAUUCUGACUAUAUUUUGUCCCGAUAUUAAGUUUGCUUUCAACAGAUUCAUGUUAGGCUAAACUGAGAAGCCACCCAUAUAACUUUGUACAUUUGAAAAUAUCCGUCCUUAUGUUUAUAUGAAUGAAUGCGAUGUAUAUAAAACAGAGAAUUUGAAAUGUCAUCUAUUUAUGUGUAAAUAUCAUUGUAAAUAAAUAUCCUGAAGGACUGGUGUCGAGAAAAGAA